UCCAAGAAUUACCAACCUGGAGGAAAGCGAGCUAACCGGAGUGACAGAGGAGGGUUAAGGACUCCAAACGAAAACAAACAAGGACGCACCGGGCAUCUUUUAUUUCACCAUGCGAGUAAAACCUCUCUAAAGGAUGGCAGCGAUGGGUUAGACAGGAUUUAACAUGACUGCAAAAUAAAAGCCACUGUGUGUAAAAGAUGUCUGCUCCACACGGGCCCCGGGGCGGCCCUGGCCCUGCUGCUGCUGCUGCCUCAGCGGCCGGCGCCAUGCCGGAGAUGCCGGACCUCAGCCACCUCACCGAGGAUGAGAGGAAGAUCAUCCUCGGUGUCAUGGACCGACAGAAGAAGGAGGAAGCGAAGGAACAGUCGAUGUUAAAGAUCAAAGAAGAACCAAAGCCUCAGCCGGCACAGUGGUUUCCCUUUAGUGGGAUCACUGAGCUGGUAAAUAACGUCCUUCAGCCCCAGCAAAAGUCCCAAAAUGACAAGGAGCCAGAGCCAGACGCGAAGUUGCACCAGCAGUUUGAAUCGUAUAAGGACCAGGUUAAGAAGAUGGGGGAGGAGUCUAAGCAGACUCAGGACCAGAAGAGCGAAGCCCCAACCUGCGGGAUAUGCCACAAAACCAAGUUUGCCGAUGGCUGUGGCCACCUCUGUUCAUAUUGCCAAACGAAAUUCUGUGCUCGGUGCGGAGGACGAGUGUCUCUGCGGUCAAAUAAGGAGGACAAAGUGGUUAUGUGGGUAUGCAACUUGUGCCGAAAACAACAAGAAAUCCUCACCAAAUCGGGGGCGUGGUUCUAUGGCUCUGGGCCUGGUCAGGUGCGGGGUGUGUUUGAGGGUGGGCCACAGGGGAAAAAGGCCAAACUGCAGGACCCAUCCCUGUACCCCUACCAGGGAGCCUCAGGGGACUUCACACCAGCGUCAGACAGAAGCAGACCUCACGGCGGGCUCCUGCCCAGACAGGCGUCCCUUGACAACGGAUCGGGGCUGAGGUACUCGGGACCUGGCGACGCACCCAUAGACAGGAAACGAAGCCCAUCUGCAUCCAGGGAUCCAAACCAAAAAUACGACCAAAGGGAGGGGGGCGACCACUCACAGUAUGCCCCGACGGACGGCGGCAUGCCUAGAUCACCGUCUGACUAUGGGGAUGGGGACCCUCGGCGGGCUCCGCGGGGCCCACACAUGUACCCAGACGUGGAUGCGGCACGGAUGGGCUACCGGGACCGGCGGGGCCCUGGACGCUGGCACUCCCAGGAAUACCCGCUGGACCAGGAGCUAGAUGGACCCAGCGAGUAUGACCUCCAGCGGCAGCGCCAGGAGGAAUUCCAAGCGCGCUAUCGCAGUGACCCCAAUCUGGCACGCUACCCUGUUAAGCCGCAGCCCUACGAGGAGCAGAUGAGGAUGCAUGCUGAGGUUGGCCGUCUGAGGCAUGAGCGCCGCCAUAGUGAUGUCUCCCUGGCCUACACGGAGCAGGACGACCCAGGCCCCAUCCGGCUGUCCCGUCAGCAUCUCACCGAGCGCCGGCCGCCUAUGGUGGGACAGCGCUCCUACUCCGUCGACCGCUCCUCCCCUGGGCCCAUGGGUCCUGGCCUUGGAGGCCAUAGAACCUCCAACCACAGCCCCCCGACGCCACACCGUAGCCCUGUGCUGGGUGACAGAUCUGGGGACCUGCGGAGAGGGGACAUGGGUGGAGGCGGGGAUCCCAUGAGGAGGCAGCAACACCACUUGGAUCCCAGUUCAGCUGUCCGUAAGACCAAGAGGGAGAAGAUGGAGAGCAUGUUGAGGAAUGACUCUCUAAGCUCAGACCAGUCGGAGUCAGUGCGCCCACCACCCCCCAAGCCCCACAAAACCAAAAAGGGAGGAAAGAUGCGGCAGGUAUCGCUGAGCAGCUCGGAGGAGGAGCUGGCUACAACACCAGAGUACACCAGCUGUGAGGAUGUGGAGAUAGAGAGUGAGUCAGUCAGUGAGAAAGGGGACAGUCAAAGGGGAAAAAGAAAAACUAUUGAGCAGACAUUUAUGUCCGAGCCGACACACACCUUAUCUGAGAGGCAAAAGAAAAUGGUGCGCUUUGGGGGACACUCAUUUGAAGAGGACUUGGCAUGGUGUGAACCGCAGGUUAAAGACUCGGGAGUUGAUACGUGCAGUAGCACUACCCUAAACGAGGAGCAUAGCCAUAGUGAGAAGCACCCGGUGACGUGGCAGCCGUCCAAAGAUGGGGAUCGCCUAAUAGGGCGUAUUUUACUCAACAAGCGCAUGAAAGAUGGAAGUGUGCCUCGAGACUCAGGAGCUCUGCUUGGUCUAAAGGUGGUGGGCGGCAAGAUGACAGAAUCUGGUAGACUUUGUGCUUUUAUCACUAAAGUGAGGAAAGGAAGUCUAGCAGACACUGUUGGACACCUUAGACCAGGUGACCAAGUGCUGGAGUGGAAUGGGAAGCUUUUACAAGGAGCCACAUUUAAAGAAGUUUACAAUAUUAUUCUAGAAUCUAAGCCUGAGCCGCAGGUGGAGCUGGUGGUCUCACGGCCUAUAGGAGAUAUUCCAAGGAUACCAGACAGCACACAUGCACAACUGGAAUCAAGUUCGAGUUCUUUUGAGUCUCAGAAAAUGGAUCGCCCGUCCAUCUCCGUCACGUCCCCCAUGAGUCCCAGCAUGCUGAGGGACGCCCCCCAGUACCUGUCAGGACAGCUCUCAAGCCAAAGCCUUAGUAGAAGAACAACGCCUUUUGCCCCUAGGGUCCAGGUCAAACUGUGGUAUGACAAAGUGGGCCAUCAGCUAAUUGUCACCAUCCUGGGCGCCAAAGACCUGCCACCCAGGGAAGACGGCCGGCCCAGGAACCCUUACGUCAAAAUCUACUUCCUCCCCGAUAGAAGUUUGAAUUAUUGUUCCUCCAGCGACAAAAGCAAGAGGAGAACAAAAACAGUAAAGAAAUCCUUAGAGCCCAAAUGGAACCAGACCUUUAUGUAUUCGCCGGUGCACCGGCGGGAGUUUCGGGAGCGCAUGCUGGAGAUCACAUUGUGGGACCAAGCCAGGGUGAGGGAGGAGGAGAGCGAAUUCCUGGGAGAGAUCCUCAUAGAGCUGGAGACAGCUCUUCUGGAUGAUGAGCCCCACUGGUACAAGCUACAAACCCACGAUGUGUCCUCCAUCCCGCUCCCACGUGCCUCCCCGAACACGCAGCGCAGGCAGCUCCAUGGAGAGAGUCCAACACGACGGCUCCAGAGAUCCCAGAGGAUAAGUGACAGUGAGAUCUCAGACUAUGAUUGUGAAGAUGGUGUUGGGGUAAUAACAGACUACCGGCCAAAUGGCAGAGACUUCCAGAGCUCCACAUUGUCUGUCCCUGAGCAGGUGAUGUCGUCCAACCACUGCUCUCGGUCGGUCGAUAUUAACCGGGCACGGUCGCGCUCUCCCAGUGUUCCCCCACCCUCCAGCAGAAGUCUGGACCCAGCCUUUGACCUUAGGCCUUCUCAGUACAGCUCCUCCACUAGAGUGGACCACCACAGUGUGUCCGAAGAUAACUACUCACCUGACAGCCGCAACCAUCGCGUGUACCCAAUCUGCAGAGAGGAAGCAGUCAGGUUACUGCGUUCCACUAGGAUGGCCCGCGCCUAUUCUGAAGGCGCCUACUCCUCCGACUAUGACUAUGAGAGGAACCACGGAGCCAUGGAUAGACACGAGUAUCACAGCAGGUCCCGCUCUGCAGACCAGCGGCCCACUAUAGAGCGCCCCACAUCCCGCUCGCGCUCCACUGAACGCCCUCACGACUCGUCGCUCAUGAGGUCCAUGCCGUCUCUGCCAUCUGGGAGGUCCGCCCCCCCCUCACCUGCCUUGACGAGGGCGCAUCCUCGUAGUGGAUCAGUCCAGACCAGUCCCACCAGUACCCCUAUGUCCAGUAGACGAGGACGGCAACUCCCACAGCUUCCACCCACGGGGAAAGACAGAAAAGAUGGAGACGAAGGAACAGAGCCUUGUGAAGAAGACACGGACUCACCAGGUUGGACGAACUCAGGUAUGGACAUGGAGGAGAGGACCAGGCAGAUGAAACUGAAGAUGAACAAGUACAAGCAGGGAGCGGGCUCUGACUCCAGACUGGAGCAAGACUACCACAAGCGAUCGGGCAGAGAUCCACGGGGCUCAGAUAACCUGUCGGCAAAGUCAUCAGACAGUGAUGUAAGCGACGUGUCCGCUGUGUCGAGAACCAGUAGUGCCUCUCGGUUCAGCAGCACGAGCUACAUGUCUGUCCAAUCAGAAAGGCCGCAGGGAAACCGCAAAAUCCGUGACUUUGCAUCCAAAAUGAAAAACAGGCAGAUGGGCUCGUCGGGCGGGAUGAACAUGACCAAGAGCACAAGCAUCAGUGGCGACAUGUGCAACCUGGAGAAGACGGAUGGUAGCCAGUCGGACACGGCGGUUGGCACGGUAGGCACUGACGACAAGAAGAGGCGCUCCAGCAUUGGUGCCAAAAUGCAGGCCAUGGUUGGCAUGUCGCGCAAGAGCCGGAGCACCUCUCAGCUCAGCCAAACAGAAGCGGGAGGUAAGAAGUUACGUAGCACGAUCCAGAGAAGUACAGAAACAGGCCUGGCGGUGGAGAUGAGGAGCAGGAUGACUCGGCAGGCCAGCCGGGAGUCCACAGACGGCAGCAUGAACAGCUACAGCUCCGAGGGAAAUCUCAUCUUCCCUGGUGUGAGGCUCUCCUCAGAUGCCCAGUUCAGUGACUUUCUGGAUGGUCUCGGCCCUGCUCAGCUGGUUGGACGACAGACGUUGGCUACUCCACCUAUGGGUGACAUCCAGAUCGGUAUGGUGGAAAAGAAAGGAGCACUGGAGGUGGAGGUCAUCAGAGCCCGUGGCCUUGUGGGAAAACCAGGUUCCAAGGCACUGCCAGCACCAUAUGUAAAGGUCUACCUUUUGGAAAACGGAGUCUGCAUAGCCAAAAAGAAAACAAAAGUAGCAAGAAAAACCUUGGAUCCUCUUUACCAGCAGCAACUGCCGUUUGAAGAGAGUCCAGGAGGGAAGGUUUUACAGGUCAUCGUUUGGGGCGACUAUGGACGUAUGGACCAUAAAUCAUUCAUGGGAGCAGUUCAGAUACUGUUAGACGAGCUGGACCUGUCCAACAUGGUGAUUGGCUGGUUUAAGCUCUUUCCUCCUUCCUCAUUGGUGGACCCUACUCUGGCCCCACUGACAAGAAGAGCUUCCCAAUCCUCACUGGACAGUUUCUCUCGAUCAUAGCAGCGUGUGGACUGAUAGCGUUGUUGUAGCAGCCAGUGUUGCGAUUACAGGUCACGCCCCCCGGUUACACUGCAUGCUUGAUGUUGUGUCUUCUGAGCCUGUUUCUAGGGGUGCAAAAAACGUGAUCCUGUGUUUUGAGCAAAAACGUCGCGCACAUUGUGCACGUGGCGAAGCGUGUUGCAAGCGCCUGGCGGCCGGGAUUGCCGGGUGUUGUUGUUGUUGUUUGGAGGAAGCUGGAAUGAACUCCUUAGCACGAGGAAUCCGUCAGUUCCAGGUUUUCAUCCAAUUCGAAGCCAUGGGGGUCAGUACUGGGAACCGCUAAAUGAGUUCUACAGGAGCCCUUUUCGAAUUAAAAAUAAAUGUUUUUGCUUUCUUUUUUUUUCUUUUUUUGUUUUCAUUUGUUUUUUUCUUUUUUUUCUUUUAAUGUCAAUGUACUUGUAUCUGAAGGGGGUGACAGUGUUUCUAACCAGAUGCUUGGUCACGCCACGCCAACAGACCUAGCUGUGUAGAUGGAGUUUUGGAGACCAUCGCUUUGGGUGAGGUGUGUCCCAGCUUGUAUCCACACUCCCCCAAACCCCAAAAGAAAUGUCCCGCAUACUCUAGGUUUAUGUACUGAAUCAAACCGUACCGCUAAAUCACAAGAAAGACUUCAAAGUUAAUCAGAGGCAAUAUUGAAGUGGCUACCAUCAACACUCCAGAAUAAAGAGUAACGAUCCAAACCCCAUGAAAAAAAUGUACAAUCUACCAUCAUUCUUUCUCUGUUGAUAUAUUGUAUGAAAAUUAAAUGAGAAAAAAAUAUUUUUUUUCCUUUUUAGUUCAUUUGCAUGGACACAAAUUUAGCUGAAUUAAAAAAAGAAAAAGAAAAUUAUUUUCUUGAGGCUGCAACUUGCAAAAAAAGAUGAAGAAAAAGAAAUAAAACAGAUCAGCCAUUUUCAACAAUUUAUAUUAUUUUUAAAGAUAAAUUUCACUAGUGCAUGGUUUUCAAGGGGAGUGAAUGCAACAUCGUGAUAAAAAAAAAAAAGACAUUGUUUAUCAUUCUUUAGACCAUUCAUGAGUCUGUGUUUUGCAGACAUGCAGAUAAGGGAAACUUAAAGGAAACUUUUGGAGCUAUUUAACAGAAAAUGUUUAUGUGACAAAAAGUGAUAAUGAAAAUAAAUGUAAAUGAUUUAUUUCAUUGUAAAAGGCUCACGCCUUAUAAAGAUAAACAUUAUGUGCAAAUUGUACAUGUUUCUCUUUUUCUUCCUUGUCCCAGGGUACUUCUCAUUGUACUAUUCAUUGCUACCAUUGUUCAGUCCCCUGAUAUUGUCCAGAUUUUAGGACUGUUGGUUCAUUUACAGUUCUGUAUUGUUUCAGUAUGUAUUUUAUUUUGGAUUUGAUUUGUUUAACAAGCAUGUUGAAAAGGAUUUUCUGCAACAUGGCUUGGGCACACCUUACAGUAACUCAGCAUGUUUUGAUAAAGAUGAUAUUUGGAAUUUUUGCAGUUUCUUGUACAGUGCAUGUCAACUUCAUUACUUUUCUCCCUCACCUUAAAUUGAACUCUACAACAAAUUAGUUCUUGGUCUUCUGCGGCCACUUAUUGAAGUUUUAUCAAAAAACAUUCCACCCCCAAAGUCAUAUUUUCUUUCAGGUUUUUGAGAAAAAAAGUGACAAGGAAAAUAUUUUAUAUUUAAUGGAGGUUGACAAAACAGUUGUGAUUGCAAGUGUAUUUUAUUUCAGUAUUGUUGACGAACAUGCAAAAAUAAUCUGUAUUGGUACAGCAAGAGGUCUAUACCUAAUCAAGAGGCAGCAAACAUGCAAGAGAUGUAUGUUGCUGUGGUUCAAUUUUACAGGCACUGUUUGUGAAGAUGAGCUAAUCACAAGUUCAAAUAAGGGAUAUUGCCACAGAAAAUGUUUUUUUCUUGUUUUAAUGAAAAUGAAAUUAAUUUACUAUAUUUUUGUUAGUUUUAUUUAAAAGCCAAGACCAGUUUAUUUUUUAUUUUCUAUUUUUAGUAAUUAUAAAUACUUCUCAUGUCUGGGAGGUAUAUGAAUCUUAUAGUUGCAGUAUGUCUGAAUGAAAUUGAACUGAGGCAUUAUUCCUUUUCCAUAUGACGAUAACGCGUUUUAAUGUCCAAGAAAACCUUUCGCUUUAACAAGCCACAGUAUAUAUUUUCAUUUUGAUUUUCAUUGUACAUACCUUUAGAUGUCAGAAUUUGAAUAAACAAGCUACCAUGAAUAGAUUGAUAGACUCUUUUGGAACAGGAAAAAUGCCUCACAUGAUGACAAAGACAUAUGUUAUUUAUCCUUUUGAAUGCCUUUUAAUUUUCUCUUUUUGGUGCAAUGUGUUAAUGCCAAGGCUAUGUCUUGGUUAAGUAUGGUUGAGUACAGAGAUUUAUGUAAGUUAUUUUUCAAAUUAAAAAAUAAAAAAUUGAUAUUA